UUAGAGCCAUGUGCUAUCUCAGUGGAAGAAAUGGAAAACCGGAUGGUAGAGUUGAAUGGGACUGCAAAUGAGAACAUAUUGCAAUGGGUGUACCUAAAACGUGGUGAUUUUCUUGAGCUUCACUGCAAACCAGGAUACGCACUUGCAACUAAUUUAUCUCAAUCUACUUUUAUGGUGCAGUGCAAUGGAAAUCCAAUUGUCUAUCCGGAAUGCAAAGAAAUUGUUUGUGAUCCUCCAGGAGUGGUUAAUGGUAGAUUCAGACCUCAAAGGAACGUGUAUAGGAAUGGUGAUGUCCUUAUAAUUACAUGUAAUCAUGGAUUUCACAUUAAUAAUGAUCAAGAUACAGCUGAAUGCACAAAGAAUGGCUGGUUGCCUUCUCCAGGCUGUAGCAAUACACCAUGCCAAGGUGUUCCAGAUGUUUCCAAUGCUCAAACUGAAGGUAGAGUGAAGGAUAGUUAUGAGCCUGGUGAAACAGUACGUUAUCAAUGCCAUUCUGGUUUUAUUAUAAGUGGAUCACCAGAUGUUACAUGUAGUGCUGGGAAGUGGACCAAAACCCCUGUAUGCAAAGGUAAAAUGAGUGACUUGAUCUAA